AUGCCAUCAAAGGCUCGCAAGGCAGCUCCAUCCAAGCCUGCUUUCUUUCGCGACCAAGAAGAGACCUAUUCUGUUCACUUCUCUGUCUUUCACCCCGACCCUGCGCUCGGCCCAGCGCCAUUUCAGAGCGACAACCGGAUCCCGCUCGAUCACAUCUUUGGCUCUCUCCCGGAUACUGCGCUGCAAGGCGGACACGGAUUGUCUAGUCGCGCUCAACGCAGCUUCCUUUCAAAGGACAGAUCCUCCAAGUCAUUUGGCUCGCCCAUCGAUAUUCGCUUUGGACCUAUUCGCAUCGACUGGGCUGAGCGCUCGCACAGCUCGGCAAUGUCAGGAGAGAAUCACCUGCAGCAUGCCAGCUCAAGCUCUGCAGCUGUGGCCUCCGCUUCAGCUUCGGCGGUCCGGCCAGACAAGACGCAGAGAAGGAAGCACGUCUUUCACGCGAAACAGCCGCAGGUAGCGCUACCGGUGGCGAGAUUCGACAAGACCGACUCGUUCGAGGGCGAUGCCUCUAAAACUAACGACACGGAUAAGAACCUGGCAUCAUGUACGGAACAGUUCCACGGCAUGACCAUCGGCGCCACCGAGGUCGCUUUCGGUAUCGUGCAUCUUUUUCGAGACAAGCAAGAGGCCACAUCAACGCCAAUACCCAAAGCUCGCAAUGCGCAGACUUCGAGUCGGUCAGAGCUCGAGAAUCAGAUUCCGGAUGAGGACGUUGGGGCGAUCGUAGCCGUUCUUGCCGUGCCUUCGCAUCUCACAGCGUCCCACUUCUUGUCAUACAUCGAGCCAGCUGUCGAGGCCAUCACACAUCUUCGAAUGGUUCGAGAUAUGCAUCCCAAUCGAUGCAUGGUCCUCAUCCGCUUCCGCGACGCAAAGGAUGCCGAAGACUUUCACAAGAUGUUCAACGGUCAGCCUUUCAACGCUAUGGAUCCACAAGAAAUCUGUCAGGUCGUGUACAUCACCUCGCUCACCGUAUCGAGACACACCUCGCUGCCCUUCAGCUAUCCGACACUGACCAAUUCGGACCCAUGGCCGCUUCGACCUCCAACAAACACGGCAAACCAGCCAGCACACGAACUACCGACCUGCCCAGUGUGUCUCGAACGCAUGGAUAGCUCAGUGACUGGUCUCAUGACCAUCUCGUGUCAGCACACGUUUCACUGCUCGUGCCUGUCGAAGUGGGGAGAGUCUCGUUGUCCCGUCUGUCGAUACUCCCAGACUGGUCAACCUUCAGCACAGCAUCGACGCAGAACACCUCGAUCAUCGAUGGACCCGUCGACUCCCUCGCGCAACGGCACCAUCGCUGACAGCGUAGACGCGGAUUCGGAUGCCGAAAGCGACGCUGACGAGCCCAGCUGCUGUGCGGUCUGCGAGACGCAGCAGGACCUUUGGGUUUGUCUUGUGUGUGCUUCGGUCGGCUGCGGGAGAUACAAGCAGGGCCACGCUCAUCGCCAUUUCAACGAGACGGGUCACUUAUACAGUCUCGAGCUGGAAACGCAACGCGUAUGGGAUUAUGCCGGCGACGGCUACGUACAUCGACUGAUCCAGAACAGGGAGGAUGGCAAGCUGGUUGAGCUGCCCUCUGCCUCCUCUGCCACAGCUACACCAGAGCGCUCCAGAAUGCUGCCUGCCUCGGCGAGCUAUGCAUCCGCCAUGUCUAUGAGCGGCACCAAGCAUUCCGGGCCACCAGCAAGCUUCAGCAGAGGCGACACUUCACACCACCACCCGCCCGAGGACGACCACGCCCAGUCCGACGAUGGCACCGCCCGAGGCGCCAGCUCCAGCCGCACAGACGAGAAACUUGAAGCGAUCGGCAUGGAGUACUCCUACCUGCUCACCUCGCAGCUCGAAUCGCAACGUCACUUUUACGAAGACAAGCUGGACCAGUUUCAAUCUUCGCUCGCCACUCUCACUGGCGAGCUGUCGGCGCUGACCCUCAAAUCGAAGCAGAUUGACGAGCUGUCGGCGCGCACCGCCCAGUUGGAGCGCAGCAACGAGCUGCUGGACAAGGAGAAGGAGCGGAGCGAUCGGAAGGCCGAAAAAGCCGUCGAACUGGCACGUACGCUGGAGCGCGAGCUGCACAGCGAGAGAGAAAUGAACAAGGGUCUCAUGGAAAGGUUGGAGAAGACAAAGGAGAGUGAGGAGGGCUUGAAGGCUCAGGUGACGGAUCUGCAGGAACAAGUGGGCGAUCUGAUGUUCUUCGUCCAGGCCAGGGAUAAACUGGAUCAGGAGGGUGGAGAGGCACAGGGCGGGGAUGUUGAGAUGCGGCCCAAGCCGGGUGCCUCGAGGAAGGGAAAGGGGCGGAAGAAGUGA